GUCGACAUUACCAGAUUUUACCCUAUGUGCUCAAAUCAGUUCCAAUGACGAAGCAAUCGACAGUCGAGCUGAGCUGAGCCUGUGUCGAACAUCACAUCACCGAAUAAUUGAAAUUGUGAUUAAUCGUCAUCGCCUAUAUCCAAUUAUUCGUAACCGGAUUAGGUUGCGUUGCAGAUUAAUCAUGUUUCGGAUGCCACACGUCCGCAUCGCACACGCGCGCUCGCUGCGUGGUUUUGACAAUAAGUAGUUAUCAAUUGUGCUGUGGUGUGGCAGAUAUUCCAAUGGGUAUCUGUGUGACGCUGUGCAGUAGUCGUGAGCCAUUCAAACCCAAGCAUGGUAGCUUACCCUUCAUCGUGUAUUUCACAUCGAGGUACCGCGGUAUAUGCGUGGGCACACUAGUGUCCCGGACCGCGGUCCUCACCGCUGCGGUUUGCAUUACUGACCCUCGUUCAGAGGAGCACGACCGCCGCCCCAUCACCAUCAUCGCCGGCACCAGUUACCGACACCCCCGCCGCGGCAUCAGAGUGCAGGUCACCAAAAUACUCAUACCUCACCUCAACUUGUUCAAUUUGACUGGUAAUCGAGGAUAUCUUAUGGAGAAAUCGCCGGCGCUGCUGUUGUUGAAAAGGAAAGUGCCGGACUUAAUCGCUGAGAUCCCGCUGAGAGCGAUGGACUUAGAUUGGAAAGGGGAGGAAAUUCUGACCCUUCACGAAGAAUGCUUUAUGCCGGGAUGGCACUUUUUCUACAAAGGCGACAAGAUAUACCCAGUACACCGGUUCCUCCUACAGCGGAACUUGCGGGUGCAGUUCCUGAACAUAGUGAAGACGAGCGAGUGGUGCGAGGCGCUCAUCAUCAAGUUUCAGAAGGCGCUGGCAGCACUCGGAUUCAUGGGCAUGUUUGAGAAGUCUUCCACCAUCUGUGUCAAAGACCCUGGUAGAGCCGCACAACCUUGUCACGGGAUGUACGGCGCGCCGCUCAUCUGCAAAGCGCGCGUGGUGGGCAUGUUGAUGGCACCAGACGCCCAGUGGACAAACUGUACCGGAACAUCCAACAUUAUUCAUCUGUUACACUCAGAAUACCUGUACCCGUUUAUGUCCUGCAUAUCUCGUCUGUUCGAACCCGAGAUCAAAAUGGACUGGCUGACGAUGAAGAAGACCAUCCACGACGAAAAGCUGGAUUACGAUUACCUACCUAACAUGUAUGACCAACUUCGCUGGUCCUCUGGUAGCACAUCCACGGAGGAGAACUAAGCGACAUCGUAGGAAAAACUUCUUGUUAUAUCUACACUGUUGAACUUGUUUGUUGGACUCCACUUAUAUCUGCACUGAUAAGUGCCAGCUAGUUAAACUUUUCAGUGCAGAUAUUGGUAACCCCUCAAUGAACAGGACAAAAGUCGAAAUAAAUU